AUGUUCGAGUCGCUCAUCUGCCUGCUACACCGCUUCCAUGGCUCCCCGGAGCCUGUGAGCGUGGGGCAGCAGGAGCGCGUGUUGCGCUGGCCUGCUUGCAACACCACUGUCGCCUUCUACUGGAGCGCCUAUCUCACCAACCUGUCGCUGACGGUGUCAGGCGAGCACAGCAAGGGCGGCCAGCUGGACCUGAGCCACGUGGACAUGCACUGGGGCCGCCACGUGGCAGAGCAUGACACGUUCGUGAUCAACACAGCCCACUGGUGGUCACCGCAGCGCCUCUGGCUAGGAGGCAUCCCCUUCUCUCCACCCUACUCCUCCUUCGCCUCCCCCACCUCCCUCCUCUCUGCCUAUCGCACCGCCCUUAACACCGCGCUCUCUGCGUUCUCCUCUGCUGAAUUUGGUAACAAGCUUGUGGUGGUUACCACCAGCGUGCCUGGCCACAAGGAGUCACCUUCCUCUAAUCAAUGCUCCUACACUGAACCCCUUAAACCCUCUCCUGACGUGAAUCAAACGGCCAAACGCCCGGGUUCGCACAUGGAUGGGUUCAAUGCGGUGGUGAGGGGUGCAGUGGAGGUGUACAGGAAGGCGAGGGGGAGGCGGGGUUGGGCGGGGGCGGAUGCGAUUGUUCUGGAUAUUCAUGCGGCGUCGGUGUGGCGGCAGGAUGGGCACCCGGGGUCCUUCACCGCAUCGCACCUCAGCGAAUCCACUCAUGACCGCACAGAAACCCUUUCCGACUCCUCCCAUCACCACGUCGCGAGGAGGCGUCUAGCUGGCAUCACGGGAUUGGUCAAGAAUAUCGAGCGGGUCGAGCAGGCGGUGUUCGAGCCGCAGCCGAUUCAACGGCCGCCACUCCCGAACGCCGUCGGGCGCGUCGAGCUUUACAUCGAUGACGGCAUGGCCGUAGACGGCGCGGAUGCCGCCGACGACGUCAUGCUCUCACGCGCUUCGCCGGAGGGCGCCACGGGGCCCGCCCUUCUUCCGUUGGACGACAAUCUGGUAACUGACGUUUCGCCCGUCACGAAGAAGCAGGUGUUGGAGCGGUCGUCACAGCGCGGCGCGGGUGGUAGUACCGGCAAUCCCAAGGAGCGCACGAGCUGCUCUAUGGAACGCGGCUCGUGGCAGGUGGAUCCCACGUGGCCGCUGUACGAUGCCACGUGUCCGUUCAUCUACGGAAAUCAAAACUGCGUGAAAAACGGCCGGCCGGACCGCGUGUUCGAGCGCGUCCGAUGGACAACCCCGGGCUGCCCGCUUCCCACGCUGACUAAGCGCACGCUCUGCAGCCUCGUUGCCGGGAAGAGUAUCGCAUUCAUAGGCGACUCCGUCACGCGCAACACGUUCGAGUCGCUCGCGUGUCUCAUGUACGGAUUCUACGGAAUGCCGGAGGAUCUCGCGGGGAUCAACAUGGCAAAUGGACUGGAGCGCGGGUUCGUGUGGCCGUCGUGUAACUUCACCCUCGCGUUCUAUCGCACGAAUUUCAUGGUGCAGUUGACACUGGAUGAUCCCGGCAAGCCCAAGGGAGGCGGCGUGAUGGACCUGGGCAAGCCGGACGAGCGAUGGAUGCGGCGACUGGAUCAACACGAUAUUUUCGUAAUAAACACAGGUCACUGGUGGACCGAGCAGAAGAUCCACGGCUCGGGCUUCCGCUUUGCACCGCCCCACCAAAAGCUGUCAGUAGCAGAGGGGUUUCAGAAGGCUUGGGAGAUGACACUGAAGGUCUUUAAGAGCGACCGCAUGCGAGGCAAGGUGCUCGUUAUUCCCACUAAUUCGGCUACCCAUUUCACGGGCCAGGGCUUUAAGAGCGAGUGCCCGCACACUGCUCCAGUGAACGCCACGGGGUUCCUUAAUGACCGGUUUAUCAGGAACUACAUGACGAUGGAGCCUUAUAAUGGGGUUAUGAGGAAGCUUGUAGCGGGGAUGCAUGGGAAGGAGAGGGCGGAGGGGAGAACGCAAGGGGCGAAGGUGGUGCUGCUGGAUCAGGCUCGGCCGACCCUGUUCAGAAGCGACGGGCAUCCGGGCAAAUGGGCGCUCCUGCCCAAUGGGGUGAGGGACUGCGGGCAUUUUUGUCUGCCCGGCGUGCCCGAUGUGUGGAACGAGAUGAUGCUGCAGCGGUUGUGGGUGCUGGAUGAAGCACUCCGGGAUUGA